AUGGCGUGGAAGGCUGAAAAGCCCGACGGCUGGACCCUGUUCGGCCAUCUGUUGCCGCUGAUCGUCCUGUUCCUCGUCAUCGGCGGAUUCAGCUUUGUAGGCUACCAGAUCUACCUUAGCGUAAAAAACAUCCGGACGCAGGCAACCAAGAACAUCGGCAACAAGAACAUCACGUUCACCAAAGACGGCAUGCGCGUGGGCGUCAAGCACCUUGAUUCGGAGCACUACGUCGAUGUGACGCAGCGCGUAUUCGUCGACGCGUGGAACAAGCACGGAGAGGGGCGGCAGAGGUAG